AUGUCCGACGACACCAGGUCCGCCCUCCCUCCGAACCGAAAGCCUAGGCCUCGUAUCCUCGUCGUCAACAAUCCAAGUCCAGAAAGAUCGAGUAGCGACGAUGAACACGGGCAAGCAUCCAGCUCACAGCCCGCUCCCAACAACUAUCAUUUUCGUCCUCUCCCCAGUCCGUCCCAUGCUAUCAUUGGCGACAGAUCGCAGAGCUCUUCUGCACCUCAUAUACCUCCACCGCUCACUACUAUCAUCCCAGAGCAAAGACAUUGCUAUCCAUCUUCGCGGUCCAAUCCGUCCAAUCCCGCUCUUUCAUCCCCUUCUAGCACCAGUUCGCCUGCGUUUGAGUCAACCCCUCCUCCAAGUACACCGGGGCAAUCCCUCCCCCCUGUAGAUCUAUCCGGGGAGGGUACUAUCAGACAAGACACAACAAUCUUACAGACUCAAGACCGUAGUGAUGGAACGCCUCCCUCCACAUCUCGCCAUAUCAAAUUCCCUAACCUCAAAUCCCACCUGCAGCGAUCAGGUCAUGGCCGCCGAUCAUCCAACAACAGCAGGCCCUCCAGCUCUCCCACAACGUCUACGCCUGACUGUUAUGCACCACACUCUAACCUGGUAUAUAGUACCAAUCCGAAUGAGAGCAUUAUAUUGUUUGUUACUAAAGAUUCGGAAAACUUUUCUAAAGUUGAUGUCAGUGGUGCCAUGACUCCUGCGUUCAUACGAGAAUGUAUCUUCUCUAAGCUACAGAUACCUGAUGAAGAACAGCUUCGCCACUCGAUCUAUCGCACGGAAAUUGAAGGAUACGCGAUUGGUGAAGCGCUGACGGAUGAGCAGCUAUUCGACCUUUACCGUGCGCAAGGCGAUGACAAAGGGUCUCUUAAGCUUUUAGUUGCUCACUCGGCUGCCCCAGUCCACGAGCCUUCGCACGAUCCUAUUCUAGUCUCACCUACGGUGUUCACCGUCCCUCCUCCUGUCCUACCACCACACGGUUUGUAUCCCUUACAUCCCGUGAGGAAGCGUUCAAGGUCAAGACAUGGAAGUCAGUCGUCGGCUAGUGAGCAGCUAUUGCAGGAAGCUGUAACUGGUUAUGAAGCGUCCGGAUCUGACGAUUUGGACCAUCCUGACUGGGAAGCGCGUCGUAGGUUACCGCAGAGCAGGCUUACGCACACAGUCCCCCACCGGCCCCAGUCUCCAAAUGGCAUGCACUCUCCUGACCUCACGUUUCCCUAUGCCACAGCGGAGUCGCCCCAGAUGGGCGCUGAUACGCCUCGUGGGCUUGUGCCAACUGCUCCGCUUGUCUUACCGCCUGAGAAGACUCAGUAUUCCGAACGGGGUUUACGGAGGACCAUACCUUCUGUGGUUAGCCCCGACAGUGCUACGAGCGACACUAUCACUUCGCCUUCUGAGCGGCCACGUCGUGCGCAGCAAGAAAAGGAGGAAGGUGAUAGACAGGACCGAGAGCGCUCGAAGCGAAGAGAUGGCCAGUCACGCAAGGACGGAGGGAUUCGUCGCGGGAAGAAUCACUUCGAGGUCUCGGUUGAUGGAUGGACGAUGGUACCGGGCGAUCUUCCGGUCAGCAAUUAUGCAGGAGGUCGACCUACCACUCCCCAAGAACGUUCUCCGCGAUAUGGGGCUUCUCCAAGGUUUAACCCCAUCCUUCGUAGCGCUGCAGCAUCUGGAGGAUCAGGCGAGUCCCGUAGUCAUAGCAAGAAACUCCAGGGUCGUCAGGUUCCGCCAACCUGGGCUGUUACUUGGAAAGAGCCUGUGGGACCUGGUAAAGCUGAGUCAAAGCCACAGUCGCCCUCCGUGUUACGCACGUUAAAAAGCUUCAAUGAUUUGCGAUCUGCGUCCAAGCAGCAGCAACAAUCACCGCCGCAUCCUCCGAGUCUUGUGCCUGGGCGUACUCGGCCCUCACAACCAGCUCCUCCUUUGGUUACCCGACCAUCUACUGGUGGUAGCAAUGGUAUGAGCGGCACUACCGCGCAGGCCACUUCGUCCAAAUCCACUACCGAAGUCACCCCCACUGUGCAUAUAGAUUCUAGCCGUGAUAUAUCAGUCGCUAGAUCGUAUGGGACCAGAGGUGUGACUUCGCCCUUAUAUUCCACCUCUCGUGGCCUGGUUUCGCCCGGCUAUUCGCCUAGUCAAUCAUUCGGGGGAGGGGUUGUCGGUUUAUCAUCGCUACCCGAUCAAGAACCAAUCCCGCGGCCACAUUCUGCCCUUGAUGAUAGAGGAAGUACCCUGCCUCGCCAGCAGCGCACUCAUCCUAAUCCGAAAGCUUCUGACAGUACCCCGGAUAUUUCCACUGCUGUGUCGUCACAUGCGCCGUCCCACUCUUAUUCGAGUCCUAGUGCAUCUGCGCGAAACGGAUUAUACCGUGACGACGGUGUGCCGACACUAUCUAGACCGAUUCCUGUCCCUCGCACUGAGCAACGCAUCGAAUUUCCCAAUGGCUCGUCUAGUCCCUCUAAGCACCUUAGACGCGGACCUCGUACACCUCCUCGCAGUCCGGCGGUAUCGUCAACACAAUACGAUGGCCGAGACAACGAGAUGAGGAUGGUCGGCUCACCUCCUAUUAAGCAGGAGCCGUCUCUUAUAAGUCCUGGGCGUGGCAUUAUUGAAGAGGAUGGGGCGUCGGAGGCCAUUGCUACGACGAGACGUGAUGAGUUCUCACAUUGGGCAAGUCUUAUUGACGAGAAUGCUAUGGAAGGGACAUUGAAGCCUUGGUCUGCAUCUGUCAAGUCACCUCCUUCCCAAUCAUCAUCGUCGCAUCAGCCUUCCUCGUCGGACUAUACGACUUCAUCAACUCUGAUAAAUUCGACCAACAUGCCCGACGACGACGAAUCGGACUGCGAUGAUGACUUGUGGGCGAAAAAGCCUGACAGGGCUGGUGAAAGUCAUCAAAAUUCACGACAGCAGACUCCGGCUGACACUUCGAAAAGUACAACACGACCGCCAAUCCCGCAGCUCAGCACAGAGAAUCUCUCCCCCAGAUUGCCUGGCAAGUAUGAUACCUCGAGAACACCGCCGAGUAAUUUUCCUGCCCCUCCUGAUUACAUUCCUCAGCCUUUCCCUCUUUCCCGUGCCACUAAGCGCCCUUAUGCCUCGUCGGGUACCUCACUGAAACAUCAGGGUGCGCGCACGAGUCGGUUUGAGAACGAGUACGAUUACACUUGGGCUCCCCGUCCGCCCCCUGAAGACGUUUUGGAACGCCUCGAAGAGUAUUUCCCCGAGCAUGAUUUGGAUCGACCUGUGAUUGAAAUGUCGUCUGGGGGCUCUUCCCCGAUAUCUGCUGAGAAUCCAAUCCCAACUCCACAGCGUUUCAAGCACAAAAAGUCCAUCCGUGUUGUUGCAGAGGAACAUAAGAAUCGUACGUCGCGAUUGGGAUCUUCGUCUGUCACUGCAGCUUUGCGAAAACGGAACACCAAGUUAUGGGGCAGUCGGUUAGAAGAAGUUACCUCAGAGCAGGCGAGAUCAGACCUCUCAUCUGUACCUUCGGACUCGUCUCCUGCUUCCUCAGCUACACCAAUUUUCCGAUGGGUUCGUGGGGAGCUCAUUGGGAAGGGCACAUAUGGCAAGGUGUACCUAGCACUGAAUGCGACAACAGGAGAGAUGAUCGCCGUGAAACAAGUGGAACUGCCUCGUACCGCCAGUGACAAGAGUGACUCGCGCCAAGUUACCGUUGUCGAGGCUUUGAAAUUGGAAAGCGAGACUCUCAAAGAUUUGGACCACUCGAACAUCGUCCAGUACCUCGGAUUCGAAGAGACUCCGACAUUCCUAAGCAUUUUCCUUGAAUAUGUACCUGGUGGAUCUAUCGCCAGUUGCUUACGCAAGUAUGGCAAAUUUGACGAACAAGUCACAAAAUCGUUCACUGGACAAAUACUGGCAGGCUUGGAAUAUUUGCAUUCUCAGGGUAUUCUUCACCGGGACUUGAAGGCUGAUAAUAUUUUGGUCGAGACAAGUGGAGUUUGUAAGAUAUCUGAUUUUGGUAUAUCCAAACGUACAGACGACAUCAACAAUGCUGGCGCAUACACAGCAAUGCAAGGUACCGUAUUUUGGAUGGCUCCCGAGGUGAUCAACUCGCAGCAAGGGGGUUAUAAUUCCAAGAUUGAUAUCUGGAGUGUUGGAUGUGUCGUUUAUGAAAUGUGGACUGGUCAACGACCUUGGAAUGGACGGGAGGCUAUGGCGGUCCUGUUGCAUUUAUACCAAACGAAGCAAGGACCUCCGGUACCACCGGAUAUUCAGUUAUCUCCUCUUGCAGACGAUUUUCGACAAAAGUGUUUUGCCAUGGAUCCGGACCAACGCCCCCCUGCGACCGAAUUACAGAAGCAUCCAUAUCUUGAGCUCCAGCCGGGCUGGGUUUUCAAUGGAUUCAAGUGA